UUGGACAAUUAAAAAUAACAAAUACCUACAUUUUGAAGGAUCGCGGAGGUAGACAUGUGGCUGCUGCGGCUUGCCGGAUACGAGCUGUAGCACGAGACUGAACUAGCUAUAACUCCCUGCCUACCUCGUCUCAAGGGGCAAAGAGCCAUUUACCUCCCCAUCCUUCAUUCUUCUCAAAAGAAAGAAAGAAACACCGUAUACCCAUUCCACACGAACGCAUCUGCCACGCUUCAAAAUGGGCGUCGAUUGUGGAUUUGAUGUCCAUCCAACCCUCGGCCUAGAGUGCCGGGAUCUCUACGAGGCGUUCCUUGAGGAAGUCGUCCAGAAAUACAAGCAAACUGUUCAUCCCAACACCGGCAAGCCCCUGGUCCAAAUAGUCGGCUCCCCGGGAACCCAAAACGCUUACAUCUACUUCAACGUCGGCGAGGGUCCAAUCCUACCGUAUAACAUCGACUACUUCACUCGUUUUGAAUCCGGGCUCGUCGAUGAUGUGAUGAAGUAUCUAAAGGAGGUCUACAUGAUUGCCCGACGGUACUUCCCCAAUAACGUCCAGUUUUGGGUAUCGGGAGCGUCCCCAUCCCUUAUUCAGGUGCUCGAUAGGAUUCCGAACAUGAGGGGGGAAGAAGGAAAGCCAUCAACGGGAGACAAGUGGUACAAGGUGCGGGCUGAGCUGUUUCGUCUGAGCAGAGAGCAGGGACAAGGAAUAAAUGAUAGAGAGGACGUCAAAGACGUGGAUUCCCCACAAGCUCAAUAAUAUAGAUACGAAGGCAUCCUCUACGGCCAGCUCGACGAGGUCGAGGCCAUGCACUAGCAAAUGCUGUAAGGAACUAACCUAUAUAUCAUUUGUCUUCCACUGUAAACAUUUCUUCUACUCGUGAAAGAUAGAAACACC